UGCGUAAGAAAUGCGAGGAGGAGUGUUAAAUUAAAUGGCAUGUUUUGGCAUGUUGUAAAAGAUUAACUUUCACAACAUGCCAAAUGUUAAAAGUUUGGCAUGUUGUAAAUUAUUAACUUUUACAACGUGUCAAAGUUAAGAUUGAGAACUUCCACCGUAUUUUAAAAGCCGUCAAGAAGAAUAAAGAAUGUGAAUGUUUGAUAUAGAGUUUUGUUUAUUGUUUGGAUUUGGAUGAGCUUCGUCUUAGUAAAAUCGGAUGUCGAAUUGUUGUUGAUAUUAGACUCCCCGCUUCGGGACUGUACAAAUCUCCAUUUUUGAUUCUUAUCCUUAAAUAUAUGAAAGCUUGGUCACAGAUGUUUAACUUUAAAUUUAAACAAUGGCUUUAAAAGAAAGUUACAUUAGUGUUUAUAUUUAUCUAUAUAUUUAUCUGUCUAUUUGCUCUUCUUUGUAUGAGAGUAUGAUGGUUUCCUUGACAGUAACAAGUAGGAAGACGUCGAAAUAUUUGUUAUGAUUUAUGACGUACAUUUAUAUUUAGCAGCCAUUAAUUACCUAAUUAGAAUUACACUGGACGUAUUGCCAACAUUAGAGCCCAGACUCCUUAACAUAUAUAAAUAAACGCUGUCCAACUUUGAUGAGGAAUUCUGCAUCUUAAUUUCUUAAAAUGUAUUUUGUUGUGGUUGUAGCUGCUGUGUGUUGUGUGACAUGGUUUGUAUGGUGGAGAAGAAAUUUAAGUUUACCUCCUGGCCCCAUUGGAUUGCCGAUAAUUGGAUAUUUACAUAAACUUGGUGGAAAAUCUCUUCAUUUUAUUAUGCACGACUUAUCGAAAAAAUACGGUGACGUGUUUUGUUUAAAACUUGGAUCUCGCUUGACUAUUAUACUAAGUAGCCACGAAGCAAUAUAUGAGGCGUAUGUUAAAAAAGCAAAAUUAUUUGCCGGACGACCCGAUUUUGCUUCUUUUAUCAAGACAAACCACGAUGCCAUUGGUUUAUCGCUAUGUACCUUUAGUCAAGUAUACGAAAACAAUCGGAAGGGCACAAUGCGAGCUAUACAUCGGCUGCACUCUAGUACCGCGUCAUACAACGAACUUUUACAAAAAGAAGCAAAGAAGAUGUUGGAAUUAUUUGACAACAGUAUAAAUUCUCACAACGCCGUGGAUCCCUUAAAAGCCUUUAAAAGGAUUGUACCCAGUGCUUUCUUGGCAAUGAUGUUUGGAAGAGAUUUCGAUUACCAUAAUGAAGAAUUCCUUGACAUAGUGGAGUGGUUUAAUAAUUGGUUUGAGAAUGCAGAAGCGGAUAAUCCUCCAGAUUUUUUUCCAAUUUUACAGAAUAUGCCCAACAAGCGAUUAAAAAUCAUAAGUGACUGCGGAUUAGCAUUCGAGAAAUUUGCUUUAAAGAAGUUAAAAGAAUUUGAAAAUGAAAAUGGCGAUACUGGGCUUGUAUAUUCCUUUUACAACUACUUUGGUAAACCUUCAGAACUUGGGCGUCAAGAAAAACUAAAUCUUGCACGAGUUGUAGCUGAUCUAUGCGGUGGCGGCUUUGACACUGUCGCAUCUACACUGGCGUGGGCUCCGCUAUACUUGCUCAAUCGACCAGAGGUGUUAAGGAAAUGUCGACAAGAAAUAUUAUCAAUUUGUAAAGAUGGAGAUGUUUCUGUGGAUAAGAAAGAUGACUUGCCGUAUUUUUCUGCUACGCUGUACGAUAUCAUACGCCAUUCUAGCGUAGGACCACUUGGCCUUCCUCGAGUUACAAUGGAUGAUUUGACGUUUCGAUCUUAUAAAAUCCCAAAAAAUACCAUGGUGUUCGUUAACUUAUGGGCGUGUAACCACGAUCCGUCUGUUUGGAAGGAAAUAGACUUUGUGCAUCCAGAAAAUUUCUUAACCAAUGACGGAGCGCUGGAUAACACUGCUGUGAAGAAAUUGUCAACGUUCUCAUCAGGUGUUCGUAGAUGUCCUGGAGAAAAGCUUGCCUUUACUAAGAUGUUUGUCCUUCUAGGGACGUUGAUACAGAGAUAUGGCUUUAUAAUGGAUAAAGCUCCAGAAGAUUUGCUGCCAAUGAGGGGCGUAACUCUCAAACCAAAACCGUACACGAUUUCAAUGAAGCGACUUCACCUAAAAGACAUUCUUUCUAAAAAAGAUUUUUAAACGAAGGUUUGCAAAUAUAAAUGUGUAUAAAUAUAAAUAUGUUUCAAUUGAAGCUUGCUCGAAUUAGGAAAAAGCAAGUGACAAAAGUAGAAGGAACAAUACCUUUGUAUAUUGUUGACGAUAUAAAUAUUUUGCAUCACUGUAUAUUUUGACCAAAAUAAUUAUCUAAAA